CCGGCGUCCCGGGUCUGAAGCGCCUACUGAUUGGCCUCGGCUCGCGCGGUCCGGAAGGGCUCCUGCGUACCACUCCCUCGGACGGCUGGCGCUACUUCUGAGGAGCCAGACGCGGCACGGUCGUUUUUAUACCUUCCCGCGCGGAAGCAACGGAAGGGCGGGGCGCCUCGUGAUUAGGUAGCGAAGGUGCGAGGGCGCGGAGGGGGCGGGGCUUGCCUUGCUCCUCCCCCGGAGGCCGGAAGACCCUCCGCUUCGCCUGGGUGCCACGCAGCGUGCGCACCCCGGGUUUCGCGUCCCUCAGGUCGCGGGCUCUGCUGUCAUGAAGGUGAAAAUUAAGUGUUGGAAUGGUGUGGCUACUUGGCUUUGGGUAGCCAAUGAUGAGAACUGCGGCAUCUGCAGGAUGGCGUUUAAUGGCUGCUGUCCAGACUGUAAGGUGCCUGGUGACGACUGCCCCCUCGUGUGGGGUCAGUGCUCACACUGUUUCCAUAUGCACUGCAUCCUCAAGUGGCUGAACGCGCAGCAGGUGCAGCAGCACUGCCCCAUGUGUCGCCAGGAGUGGAAGUUCAAAGAGUGAGGCCUGUGCUCGGCCCCGGCCUCCCCUCCACCCCAUCCCCCCACCCCCCCCCCCCGUCCUGAGUCCCCUCCACACAGCACAAUGGUGCCCUGGGACCUCGGUCUGUGCUGAGGACAGGAUGCUUUCUGUUUGGCUGACACAAGGUUGAAACGAGGACUGGAGCUUUGCUGGUUGUUUUGUUUCCCCAUCACAUUGACACUUUUAUUCGAUAAGUAAAACUCAUUAAAGUUCCGAGCCGUGCUGGA